AUGUUGUUGUCUUAUUACACUCUUAUUUUAACAUGCAGUAUUGCGAUUGUUGCUUCCAACCGAGAACAUACACCAUGGGAACGAGCAAAACUUUUAGGUCCUUUGGCUUUCACGGAUGCUCGUGUAGAUUUUCAAUGUACUGCAUUAACUCCAUCACCAACAGUUCCUACUUCAGUUCAUGCUUUACGACCAGCUGAUAUUAAAUAUAUCGGUGCUAUAGGUGAUAGUUUAACUGCAGCUAACGGUGCCAAAGCUUGGACAAUUAUUGGUUUACUCACAGAAUAUCGUGGUGUUUCAUGGAGUAUUGGUGGUGAACGUGAUCUUAAUUCAGUUGUUACCUUACCAAAUAUAAUGCGCAAAUUCAAUCCCACUCUUUAUGGUCAUUCAAGUGGUAAUGGUAAUCAAAACUCAUCAGGCGCUGUUUUUAAUGUCGCUAAACCCGGCGCUGUUUCAGCUGAUAUGCCAGGUCAAGCUAAUUUAUUAGUUGAUCGAAUGAUCCAAACUCUAGGCGUCAAUACAUUCAAUUCAGAGUGGAAAUUAGUAACAUUUUUCAUCGGUGGUAAUGAUCUUUGUGCUUAUUGUGAAGAUAAUGAUCGUUAUAGUGCAUCAGCUUAUAAAAAUAAUGUUCAAACAACACUUAAUAUAUUGCGUGACAGAAUGCCACGUACGAUUGUUAAUUUUGUUACUGUACUCAAUGUUGCUGAACUUGAAGAUUUACAUGAAGGUCUUGUUUGCACCAAUAUGCAAGGAUUUUUAUGUGAUUGCGCUAUAAAGCCUGAUACACGUGAACAAGUUCGUGUUGCUAACCUUGCAUAUCAAAAAGCAACAAAUGAAUUGCUCGAUUCGGGUAUUUACGACGUAAAAGAUGAUUUUACUGUUGUUCGUCAACCAUUUAUGGAACAUAUGAAAGUUCCUAAUAAACCAAAUAAUGGUGGACCUGAUUUCGAUUAUUUCGCACCCGAUUGUUUCCAUUUCAGUACAAAAGGUCACGAAGCUGCAGCUAUUGAACUUUGGAAUAACAUGAUGGAAAAGGUUGGCCAAAAGACAACUUUGUGGAAUUUGCAGGAUACAGUUAAAUGUCCAUCUGCAGGCAACGGAUUCAUCUAUACAUCGAAAAACAGCUAA